AUGGAGGCAGAUGACUUGGACAAUCUCAUCGCUGACUCGCUCACUGGCGUGCAAACUGCCCUCGACAACGACCGAAAGGCAGCUCCUGCUGACAGUGGGCGGAGUGCUGGCGAGGCUGUUCGAGAAUUGCAACAGGGAGCCAAAAGGACUGGUGAAGGUCAACCUCCGGGCGAGGACUUCUUCAAGGAUCUCGUCAGAAACUUUCAGGAUGAGAAUUUUCAGAAGGCCAUGGCCGAUGCCAUGCAGCAGACUCCGUCGUCUGUGCCCACCGAGGCCUCGGCUUCUGCUGCAGUGGCGUCUUCGCCCUCUACUGAUUCGUCAGCUGAGGACGUUUUACAAAAGUUUAUGAAAAGUUUUGAGGAGGCGGCAGGCUCAGACAAGGAAUUCGAGAAGUCCAUGUCGACUUUGAUGUCAUCGAUGCUGUCCACAGAGCUCUUGACAGAGCCGCUGCAGCAGAUAGCGGACAAGUUGGAGCCUUAUCUGAAAGAGAAGAAAGGUCUGUCAAAAGCAGACAGGACACGAUACGAGGCUCAACUGAAACUGUACAGACAGAUAGUCAGCGUCUACAAGCAGAAUCCAGAUCCCCUUCCAGACUCUGCUCGAGAUCAGGUGCAGCGAAUGCUGAACGAGCUACAGCAGCUUGGGCAGCCGCCGGAUGAAGUUAUGGCCCAGGUCGUUCCGCAAGAAGCGGCAGAAGGAGCCGAAUCCUUCGAGGACUUCAUGAAGAACAUGGGCCUCGACUCGCAGCUCGCUGGACCUGAGCAGGAGCUUUUCAAAAAGAUUGCCGAUGAUCCAGAGGAGCUGGCGAAAGUGAUGAAAGAGAUGACUGGAGCCAUGCCUGAGGAGGCCUGCAAGCAGCAAUGA